UCUUUGAUAAGGUGUGACCAACAGCUCGGACUUCUUUCUCUUAGAACCGCGGCUAAUGCCCAACAUGAUCUUUGAUUUUUGCAUCAGAAACCAUUUUAAUGCUGCUUAGUAAAGGGACUGACAGUCUGAAUGAUCACAAUGUCAAAAUGGAAACACGCCCAGUCCCUGAGAUACUCAGAGAUAAUCAGUCUUACAGGCGAUCAACACCUGUAGAGCACAUCAAGUGUUUCCGUGUUGAUGAGAGGUCGUAUAAGGAAUCUGCUGAACUUUCCUGGUCGUCAUGAUGAAGCUGCUUCUUUCUCUGACCCUCAUCUGGGCGCUCACCAGCACAGGUGAAGCACUUGUGUGUGAAACUUGUACGAAUGUUACCUGUUCAACCACAUCAGCAGUUACUUGUCCCACAGAAAGGAUGUGUAUCACAGCUUCCAUUCAAGCCGUUUCAUCUGGGACUCCUGGACAGCAAAUCUACAAGGCCUGUGCCCCCCCCUCCCUGUGUCCAGCCACAGGCUCUCAGACAUUUUCAGUUAACUUGGGUGUUUCGAGUUCACUUGUAAGUGCUACAUGCUGCAACACAGACAGAUGCAACUCCAACACUCUGCCUUUCCCUGUGGUUCCAGUAGAUAACAGUCUGCAGUGUCACGUUUGUAACCCCAUCAUCUUUGAUUGCAGCUCUUCAGUACAAUGUAGGGGAACAGAGGAUCGCUGCUUUGAAGCCGUUGUGACAACUGAGAACGGCACUUCUCCAGCUUUUGGCUGUGCAUCUACAAAUUUGUGUGCAGCUGCUGCCAGCCUGGGGUCACUGCCUUUCAUGCAAGAUGUUGGUAACAUUACCAGUGGACCAGCCUGUUGUGGGACUAGUUUGUGUAACACUGUCACUACAGCAAUCAGUACAACCACUUCCUCAACAACAACAACCACUACCCCAACUACGACAACAACUACUCCAACAACAACUACCCCAACAACAACAACCACUACCCCAACAACAAUCACUACCCCAACAACAACAACAACAACCACUACCCCAACAACAACAACCACUACCCCAACUACGACAACAACUACUCCAACAACAACUACCCCAACAACAACAACCACUACCCCAACAACAACAAUCACUACCCCAACAACAACAACAACAACCACUACCCCAACAACAACAACCACUACCCCAACUACGACAACAACUACUCCAACAACAACUACCCCAACAACAACAACCACUACCCCAACUACGACAACAACUACUCCAACAACAACUACCCAAACAACAACAACCACUACCCCAACAACAACAACCACUACCCCAACUACGACAACAACUACUCCAACAACAACUACCCCAACAACAACAACCACUACCCCAACAACAACAACCACUACCCCAACGACCACAACUACAGCUCCAACCACGACCACCUCAGGCCCAGGUGUAGCACUUGUGUGUGAAACUUGCACAGAUGCAGAUGUUACCUGUUCAAACACAUCAGCAGUUACAUGUCCCACAGGCACGAUGUGUAUCACAGCUUCCAAUCAAGCCGUUUCAUCUGGGACUCCUGGACAGCAAAUCUACAAGGCCUGUGCCCCCCCCUCCCUGUGUCCAGCCACAGGCUCUCAGACAUUUUCAGUUAACUUGGGUGUUUCGAGUUCACUUGUAAGUGCUACAUGCUGCAACACAGACAGAUGCAACUCCAACAUUCUGCCUUUCCCUGUGGUUCCAGUAGUUAACAGUUUGCAGUGUCACGUUUGUAACCCCAUCACCUUUGAUUGCAGCUUAUCAGUACAAUGUAGGGGAACAGAGGAUCGCUGCUUUGAAGCCGUUGCAUCUUUAGUGACAACUGAGAACGGCCCUUCUCCAGCUUUUGGCUGCGCAUCUUCAAAUCUGUGUGCAGCUGCUGCCAGCCUGGGGUCACUGCCUUUCGUGCAAGAUGUCGGUAACAUUACCAGUGGACCAGCCUGUUGUGGGACUAGUUUUUGUAACACUGUCACUACAGGAAUCAAUUCAACCUCUACCCCAACAACAACAACCACUACCCCAACUACGACAACAACUACCCCAACAACAACAACCACUACCCCAACAACAACAACCACUACCCCAACUACGACAACAACUACUCCAACAACAACUACCCCAACAACAACAACCACUACCCCAACAACAACAAUCACUACCCCAACAACAACAACAACAACCACUACCCCAACAACAACAACCACUACCCCAACAACCACAACUACAGCUCCAACCACAGGAACUAUAGCCCCAACAACAACAACCACGACCACCACAGCCCCAGGUCCUGUAGCAAUAAUCUAUCUAAAAAUGAAAAUCUCCACGUCUGGUGAGCUCAGCAAUGAAGCCAUCGCUGAGCAUAUCAAUCAGUUUAUGAGAAUGACGCUCCUGAACGGCACAGCCUUCACAGUGAACGUGAAAUCCAUUCAAAGAGUCAGAGUUGCCCCAACAACAACAACCACUACAAGUGUCGGACUUCCCAGUUAAAAGCUCCAUGGGGACAGUGACUGUACUACAAUUGUACUGGUGGAAUAGUUUUAACACAAUGUAAAAGGGCAGUUCAUCAUAAUAAUUGUAUCAUAUAUGGAAACACUUAUUUGAGUUUUGUGACAGUUAGUUUAACACAUCAGAUGUAAUUGUGCUCCACUGUGCUGCAAAGAUCCACAACAUCUCUUUCCAAACCACCAGAAGUAGCUGGACUGUGCUCAAGGUGCAUGUGAAGGUGUUUUGGGGGGAAUGCAGAAGCUUGGAAGUCUCCUCAUGCACCUUUUAUUUUGUUAAAUAACAUGUAAAAUAUUGUAAAACAUAGAGAAGUGCAUUUGACUCAAGUGUCAAGUUAUUUUCACAGUAAACUGGGAAUCUCAAACCAAGAAAUUUGAUCUGUCAAAGAGGUGUUUUUUUUAAUUAAUUGGUGUCUGUAAUUCCCAUGCUCUGUAACUGGAGCAGUAGCUGCCAUGCUGGCCCAAGUAGACAGGAAACUCUCAAACAGUUUCUCGCUCACUCCUCCCUUCAUUUCUCGUAAAUGUGAGCAUACCUGGUUUUUCAGGUUAUAUGGUUGCAGCCUCAGUCACUGCUACCUUGUCACACUCUCUGUAGCUGAAGGAGGAGCAAAGCACAACUUAGGCACUAUACUAAUCAAAGACAAUCUACCACUCUGUUCUUGUAGUAGUGAGGAGUAACACCACCCAUCAUGGAGAGAACAAUCCUCUAUUGCAUAUUUUUGCUUGGAUAUUUUCAUGCCUCCUGUGCCCAAGGUCAGAAUUCAUUGCAAUUAUUGUUUGCAUUUCAUGAUACGUAAUUUAGGAGAGUAAACAGGAGAGUACUUGAAGAGCAGCUCAGUGGUGAUUAGUGAUUCAUGUGUGUUAUUCUGCAAUAUCUAUUUGAAAUUUUGAAAAAUUUUGUUAUAUGUUUUUUUGCCUGCUAUCGGUGUCUCCUUCAAAAACUGUUGUCUGCUGAAAUAAAUUUAAUUUGCUGCAAGCAACAUAAAAAGAACACUAAGUAAACCAAAAGAAAAUGUGUUAUUUUGUUGCAACAGGUUAUAACACAGGAUUCAUUAAGACUAAUCAUGAGAAUUAUUACAGAUACGACUAAACCAUCCUAAAGCUAUAAAGACUUGGUAAAGGGUUUCCACAGAUGAAUCAAGGAAUUACUUGAUUAAAUGGAAUUUAAAAGAAACAAUUAAUUUUAUUUACUUCAUUUACAAGAUGCCAUUUGAUACUUGAAUGGCUCUUUGUCAAGGACAUAGAAGAAUCAUUAACAUGUACACAACUGUUAAUCCUGGCUGACAGACUCAGGUUCCACUCUCUCAUCUUGAAUGGAUUUUUAAUUAGUUUAUUUGCAGCACUUUAAGACACUGUAUACAUGUCUUACAUCUGAUUGUUAUUAAUACUACAAAAGAGAAAAUAUAAAUUCACCUUGUAAAAGAGACUCUUCAUCUCAAUGGGACUAACAUGGUUAAAUAAAGGCUAAUAAAAUAAAGACCAACAGAAUUUCACUCAAGGCCAAUUUCAAAUUGCAUGACAUCCUUUCAAGGCAACAUUAAAUUAUUGAAGAGUUGUAUCACAGCAGCUCUCUGACACGUGGGUUGGAGCUUCUUCUCUUGGGUGAAGCCUGGUGUCAGAUGGUAGUGAUGCAGAUGCUGCUUACAGCUGGUUUUCAAGGCUUGGGUCAGCAAAUCUUUGGUGAAAUUGAUUCUGAACUGGUUAGCAGCAGUGGCUUGUUAGGCUUGGUGUUUAUAGAACUCGAUCAAAACAUGGUUGUUAGGUAAACUUGAGCUUGGCAUUGCUUUGCAGCUCAGUCAUUUAGUUUUCCAUGUUGUGCUUUAAAUAUGUUCAGUUCCUUUUGUUCACUUUGUUUGAGCAGCAGCGUUUUAUUUCCUUGUAUCAAACUGCGUAGAAACUGCUGUGUGAAUGCCACCAAAUUAUUAAACCUGCAUGUGUAGAAACAAAACUUAAA